ACCGACUUGAAACAACCGUUUGCAAUAGUUUAAAGUUUGUCCCUCUUUGCGUUAAGUGUGUCGAUCUCCGCUACGAAGUGUUUAUUUCGAAAUUCGGUUUCGUCCGCGGUUUGAAUGGCAUUCGUCGUAUCUACCGAGUAUAACUUGUAAUUUUAAUUUUAUCCUAUCAGUGUUUUUAGCAAAAAAAAAAAAAAAAAAAUACAUCACGUAACAAAAACCAUGACCACAUUCAAUAACGACAGUCGCUGCCGCGGAAGAAAUUGACGAUCGGUUAUGCGUUCGCCAGACAUGAAUUUUCUCUACAAUAUCCACGUUAAAGAGGUUCAGAAUAACAUGUGGGCGUUGCGUGAUUUUUGCGGUUCUUCAGACACGAAAAAGCAGAAUAUAAAACUUUACUGCGCUGGUUUACUUCAUUUUUGUUCACGAUCUAACGAUGCGUGACGACCAAGGUCGCAGUUGACAUGGAUGGCGAGAACAGGAUCAUACUGAACGUCGGCGGCAUCCGUUACGAAACAUACAAAGCUACGCUGAAGAAAAUACCGGCUACGAGGCUAAGCAGACUCACCGAAGCCCUGGCCAAUUACGAUCCUGUGCUCAACGAGUAUUUUUUCGACAGACAUCCAGGCGUGUUCGCUCAAGUACUCAAUUACUACAGGACGGGAAAACUCCAUUAUCCGACCAACGUUUGCGGGCCGCUUUUCGAGGACGAGCUAGAGUUUUGGGGAUUGGACUCGAACCAGGUAGAACCGUGUUGCUGGUCGACUUACAGCAUCCACAGAGAUACGCAGGCCACUCUUGCUAUUCUCGAUAAACUGGACAUCGACUCCGAGAAACCCAACGAGGAGGAGGUUGCCAGGAUGUUCGGCUACGAAGAAGAAUACUUGGCUGGCACGCUGACCCCUUGGCAGAGGACCAAGCCGAAAUUAUGGGCGCUCUUCAACGAACCGCAUUCGUCGUUAUCGGCAAAGGUGGUGGCUGUCGUAUCGGUGUUUUUUAUAUGUGUGUCCGUGUUGUCGUUUGCGUUGAAGACUCAUCCCGACCUACGAGUGGCCACGCUACGGAACGUCACCGUGCCCAAGGACCGGCCACCAGCUCCGGGCUUGGAUCCUCCUCUAGAGUGGGUGCUCAGCAAGGACCGGACCGAUCCCCACGAGGCGUUUUUCUACGUGGAACUCGUAUGUAACGUCUGGUUCACAUUCGAAUUGCUCGCCAGGUCCAUCGUCACCCCUAACCUCGUGCACUUCGCCAAGUCUCCCGUCAACAUCAUCGACUUCGUGGCUACAUUGAGCUUCUACACGGACACCAUGCUGCAGAGCACGCUCGCCCACCGUUUCGACAAUACGGAGAUAUUAGAAUUCUUCUCGAUCAUCCGCAUCCUGAGGCUGUUCAAGCUGACCAGACACUCGCCCGGGCUGAAGAUACUCAUACACACGUUCAAGGCUUCCGCCAAGGAGCUCACGCUGCUCGUGUUCUUCCUGGUGCUGGGCAUCGUCGUGUUCGCUAGCCUGGUGUACUAUGCGGAACGGCUGCAGGCCAACCCGCAGAAUGACUUCAAAAGUAUUCCGGAGGGCCUGUGGUGGGCCAUCGUUACCAUGACCACGGUUGGGUACGGUGAUAUGGCUCCGAAGACCUACAUGGGCAUGUUCGUGGGCGCGCUAUGCGCGUUGGCCGGUGUGCUGACCAUCGCGCUUCCCGUCCCCGUCAUCGUGUCCAACUUCUCCAUGUUCUACUCGCACACGCAGGCUCGUUCAAAGUUACCUAAAAAAAGAAGAAGAGUGCUUCCUGUGGAACAGCCUCGACCAAAACGAUGCGACGCUGUUUGCGCGGGUGUCAUGGGCGCUGCCGGGUUAAUAGGUAACCGAAGGAUGGUUCCUAGUCCGUCACCUGGAGCGAUGCUCAAAGACAGUUUUGGAGCUCCUAAAUUAGGAAACAUGAAUGGUAUGAACGUGCUAAGCUUAGCGUUCCAAGCACCGCAGAUACCGGGCAUACCCACACCGUCAUUCUUGCCGUACAACUCUCCUCCAAAAUCCUCUCAAGGACCGCAAGACUCAUUUGCAGGAAGUGUACUCAACGGCCGUGGCGGCACCGUGGCUCCAGCUCCGCUCCAACCUAGAGCAGCAACGAUUGAAUCGGUUUUUCUUCCAUUACAGCCGAGUUUACUGGUGUCUUUGGGCGACGAGUCCAGGUCACAGGACAUUGUGAUGCAAAGGACCUCUUCGUUGCCGAACUCGUCCGGGAACGACUCGGUCAAUCCGUCGUCUUAAUGAACGUUUUGCUCACGUAGAUUGCUUAUUAGAUUCGCUCGCAUUGGCUCAACGCCAUCUAGUCGAGACGUUGGUGGUAAUCGUAGCAGCCUAAAACCAAAUUCGUUCACAACACAGAUAGCGGCUGCUAUUAACAAUUUUCACUAUUAUUACUAUUAUUAUUAUUAUCAUUAUUAUUAUUAUUAUUGUUAUUAUUACUAUUAUUUUUUUUUUAAACGAACGAAGUUAUUUCUGUAAAAUAUGAUAUUUCUUUAUAAAUAUUCGAAAAAUAAAUGAAAACAUCUAUCACUUUAUAACAGAACUUGUUUUGAACAAAUAUGCGGCAAGACCGAACCAAAAAUAGUACAUGGUAUCGUACACAUAAAUACGAUUUCGAUAUUCGAUUACAAAAAAAAAACGGUAUAUUUCAAUGAUGUUUUAACAUCUGUACGAACAAGAGAACCCAUGAACAGGCAUUAGAAAAUUAUAAUGAUCGUAAUAACUCUUUAAACUACUUUUAGCAUACACAACACUCCCAUGCAUUUCAAUAUCAGUCCAGAAACUAUUCGCAUGAUAUGUGCUUACAAAGCAUUAAAUUUAAAAUAAACUUUUGGCAGUUGUACAUAAAUAGAUAUAUAGGUGCCUACAUGUUUUGAAAUAUUAGACAAAAUAAAUCAUUACAGUUUUCCGUGUAACCAAAUCAAUAUUUUUACACACGUCACCGUAUUACUGUUGUGGAAACUUAUAUUCCAACGCUUUAUUUGUAACGUUAUUGUUACUUAUAAAUUUAUAUAUUUUUUUAAUUUGUCGAACUUAAAAACCUAAAAAGUUUACCCAGUUUGAAUGUUUAGUAAAUUCCCAUUAUAUUCUGUGAUAUUUUAUUAUAAUAUAAAU